AUGAGCAUUCCAACUGCUGAUGAGGAAUUUAUAAGGCAAAGGGCCGCAAUUAUUUCAGAAAUCAAUAAAACAAUGGAUUCAAUAAUAAACGCUUUAACGGGAGUCAAUAUAUCUUUAGAGAGUUCAAACGCGCUUCGUACACAAUUUGAAAGUGUUAGUGAUUUAUGGAAAGUAUUUUAUGAUGGCCUUGAAAGCGUGCCUAAUGAUCAGGUGGAUGAAUCACAAACCGAAGAUGAAAGUCGGUUAAAUGUCAGUUCUAGUUAG